GCUCCUUUACACUGUGCUAGUCUUUCCCCUUUCUUAGAUUAGCGACAUCAACCCCACCACCACCCAACCACUUGCUUCGGAUAUGAUCUCUUUCACCUGCCCACCAAGGAGCUAGCACACAGAUUUAAGGUAGCCGGGAUUCUUCAAACAGAACGAAGAAGAAGCAUAGAGGACAGAGUCACGGAGCCAUACCCGAUUAAUAUUAGAUCAUGGGGAACACACACCAGGCCGGCGUCAAGAAGGAUGAUCAGGGUGGCGGUGACAACCAGCAGCUACAGGUGGUGGUCUCCGUUCUCGAGCUCCAGGCCGGCGUUGAAGAAAACCAGCUGCAGCCGCUUGGCGGAUGGCAUGCCGUCGAGGCAACCUCCUUGUUGGAAAAUAGCAAGACAAAUAAUUGUGCUAUAGGUGGAGCAUGCAUCAACAACAAGACAACUAUUCUCCAGCCUGCAGCUGAAUCAAAUAUCCUUACACACGAUGAUCCUCUACAUCCAUUGUUGCCAGAGGGCGUGCAAUUCGUGCUCAACACUUCACGGGUUAACAAGAAGUGCAUUGGAGACGGUGAUGGCUUCAUUGCCUAUGAGGAGAAGAUGGCAAGCGAUACAAGCAACCGAGAUCCACACCCACACCGAAUCAGAAUGAAGGGGAUCGAUGCACCAGAGCUGAAAAUGAAAUACGGCAUCGCUUCAAAGAAUCAGUUGGUGAAACUUAUUGGGGGGAAACGUGUUCAGAUUCUUGUGUAUGGGACAGACCAAUAUGGACGGUAUCUUGGCGAUAUCUACUGUGAUGGCAUCUUUAUCCAAGAACAAAUGUUGAAAACGGGCUUCGCCUGGCACUACAAAGCAUGUGACAAACGUCCUGAAUUUGCUCUAUGGGAAAGAGAAGCGAAAGUGGCACGACUAGGGCUUUGGAAGUUAGAUAAUCCUCAGAAACCAUGGGAUUGGAGGAGGGAUCAACGCAUCAACGACAAAAAGGAGAGUACUGAUGACAUUCAGGUAGAAUCGCAGAGUCAGGUCAAUGGGAGCAGUGUAAGUCUACCAUUGCUGGUGAUGAAAGAUAUGGAGGAUCUGGGUAGGAAAUGGAAAGAGAGUUUGCAGAAUAUUGUGUCCGAGAACAUGAAACUACAUGAUCAGGUCCAGGAGUUAAAGAGAGAUAAGAAGGAGGCCGAGGAACGAGCUACGAAGGCAGAAAAAGAAAUUCAAAGUGCUGUGGUUGACAACAUGAAGCUGAAUGCCCAGCUCCAGGAAUCAGAAAGGAAUAAGAAGGAGGCUGAGGACCGAGUUUUACAGUUGGAUUUCUUCUCAGGAAGUGUUGCAGCUGUAAACAUGGAUUUGCACAAUAAGAUUGAGGUUUUAGAAAAUGAGAAUAAGAAGGCCGAGGACCGAGCAAAGGGGGCAGAAAGUGAAAUGGAGAGUGUUGGUGCUGAGAACAGGAACCUGAAGGAUCAGCUCCAGGCAGUAGAGGUCCAAGCUAUGAAGUUGAAAUAUUUUUCUGAAAAAGUUGCAGGUGUAAACAUAGUUUUGCACCGUAAGCUGGAGGGGUCAGAGGAGAAGAAUAAAAUGGCUGAGGAGCAAGCCAAGGAGACAGAGAAGAAGAUGGAAAGUAUUCUGAAUGACAAUAUGAAACUAAGUGGUCAGGUUCAAAAAUUAAAUAAGAAAAAUAAAGAGGUUACCGCCUUUGCUAAUAAUAGCAAAAAGAAAUUGCAAAGUGUUCUCGCCGUAAACAUGGAUGUGGAUAAAAAGGGGGAGGACCAAGCUACUUCGUCAAACAAGGGAUUAGAAUUGAGCGUUGGAGUUGAAAACAUGAAGGGGAAACUACAAGGCAUUAGUCACAAGAAGAGUGAACAAACUGUAGAGACCCUAUCGCCAUCGGGAACUCCAACCAAAGACUCUGGCGUGAGCCCUCAAAAAGACCCUAGCGUGAAAAAACCCACUGUGUGGCGGAAGAAAACGGCCGCAACGACAUCUUCCGUGCCUCCACCAAAGGGUCAUUACGAAUAGACACAACUAUGUGUUGAAUUUUAACUAUUGCCUAUAUAUACAAGUUCAAUGACGGCAAGUGUUGCUACAAAUUUAAAAAAGGUAUUAUAUUAUAUAAUCUUGAAUUCCCAUGA